GCCAAGCGCCAGCCAGCAUUCAUUGAACAGCGCGUAUUGAAGUCGGUUGGUCGUUCGAACGCGGAUAUGCAUGUGUCCGAUUGGCUACGAAUGAACGGAAGUGGAAAAGCGCGGGCAUACAAACAUAAACAUUCGGCUAAAUGCACGAAGUAACAACAAUAACAAAAACACCUGUGCCCAGCAAAAAUUCAGUGUGUGUACAUAAGGAAGCGAGCGAAGUUUGUGGAAAAAUAGAAUUUUGUUGUUUUCUUUGUGUGUUUGUAGUGUACUUCUAAGUCCAGCUAAGUUACGAAAAGGUGGUGUCCGUCGGCCGCAAAGAAAGUGAAAAGCUCACGUGCCAAACAGCAAGCGAUAUACAAGUGUUUAUAUACAUAUUUAGAGUGUGUGUUUGUAUGUGAAGAGUUUGAAGGAUAACGCAUAUAUACAUACAUACAGUCUGCUCAAACAAAAACGCAUACAAGUGUGUGGCAAGUGUACCUUGCUGGUCCCAAAAAAAGUGAAACUUCAAUGUCCGAAUUUGUAGGCGGCUAGCAACGUAUACUGCUGCUUUAUUGGAAAGCUUACGGCGGCGCCUAAGCAAAGGGCUCAUAUUCCAGUAGGGAGAAUGUUUGCCAUGUACAGCAAGUUUAGAGACCAAGCCCAAAAAUAAAAUAGCACAGCCAAUGUCACCCUCAGGCGAUCAGCUGAGCUGUUGUCACAAGUGAAUCACAGUUGUUUUUUACAUUUACACCUCAUCAAAUUUUAGCAUUCCACGUCAAAAUCAGACAACGCGUAGCAUCAUGACCUUCUACUGGUGGUCACAUUGGUUCUGGAUAACAACAUUGAGUACUAUCCUUCUGAGCAUAACCCUCGUACACACAUAUCCAAGCCAAGAGAUUUCCUUAGAGUACAAUCAAGAUAGUAAAUCCGUGAAAGCGGUGACAAAACUACAUCAGACGACGACGAGUUUAGAAUGGUCCACAACAACACCAGCUACACUAGUGACUACGUCCAAUAAAAACACCGAAUUAGACACAGUUGUGGCACCAAUAAUACAACAGCAAAUUAACCACAACGCCGGCAGUACAGAUGAAGAGCUGGUCUCUGAAGAUGUAGACACGAAACAAGUUGCGUCAGCUUUUAGUGAGGUAGAGGACACUUCCGAGCACGAAAAAGAGAACAUUGUAGAAAAUGAAGACCGGUCAACAGCAGAAGAGGUUGAGUAUAAACGAUCUGCAGAGAGUUACAAUAAAACCAUAGAAGAGCCAAAGAGGCUUGCGGAUGAAGAAAGCGUUGAGGAACCACGAGUCGCUGCGGUCGUAGCUGAGCAGCGAUCAGCCUCCAUUGAGGAAAGCAGACAAAAAUUGAACCGCGCUAAUGAAGAGCUGAGCAACUAUACAAACAGCACUCGAAAACGCGAUGGGAUCAGAGGCAAUGCAACCUGUGUGAAUUGUAAGGCGGGAGCGCACGAGCCCAACAGCACCGCGGAGGCCACGCGCACACUCGAAGCGCCAAAAGCCUUGACUAACAACUCGACUACGACUGCGGUCAACGCGAACUCGCGCAUAGACUCUCUGCAUUCCGGCACACUGGAGUGGCUGAACCCGAUGGCGGCAUCCGCAGCGCUCCCAGUGCCCAAAUUGCUGACCAACGCGCCACAAGCGACCGACAUCGAUCGUGAAGUAGUCACAGUGCCAACAGAGUCUGCGACAGUCGACGUUGCGGCGGCGGCAACGACACAGCAACGCAUACCCUUUACGUUGGAGAAUGCCAAUAAAGAGGACGAACUGCGACGUGCCGAAAGCGAACAUCGUUCACGCAAAUCGAAAGUGCUCUCAGCCGAGUACAAGCACAUCAAUCGCUACAUCAACUACUCGUCGGACAGCAAAAGUCUGCUGACGCGUAGCGCCGCCACAACGCCCAAUGAUUUCGGUGGCGUUGAAGAGGGCAACAUUUCCUCGGAGGCGCUUUCGAUACAGCGCACGUACUUCUUGGACGCUGGCGCGAUCUCAGCCAUCUGCUUUACCAUAUUUGGUGUUUGUUGUACGGUCGGCACUAUUGGCAUAGUGCUGUAUCGGCGUAGGUACGUGAAUAAGCCGCAGGCGCUGAGCGAACCCGAUUCGAGUGUCUACAUCGAUGAUAGCACGAUGCGUUUAAUUUCUUUUGACGAUUUACAGGAUAACUCUGAUGAGAUGUACAGCUUGGACAAUGACUCCUUUCUCAACUCACUGGAGGCGAUGACAAUACAAAACUACUGGACGGACACCGUUAAACAUACAAAGCUUUAAUUUCCUUUACAAAAACAAAAACCACAAACACAUAUAUAUGUACAUAUGUAUGUGUAUGUACCACUUAUAUGUAACGUCAUGCACACGUAUAUAAAUAAAUGUGACGUGUGCGCGCGUAUAUAAAAAUAUAAAAUAGUGAAUUAGUUUAAAAUAAUAGCAUGCAUAUUUGAAGAAUUAUAAUAUAAUUAAAUUAAUGAGCGUCUACUAAACUCAAAUUAACAUAAUCAUUAAGUUUACACAUUUAGCUGUUAAUAAUUGAGAUUGAGAUUGGAAUUUUAUAUAUAUCUAUAUGUUACUUAAUUUCAUGUUUUACCGUUGCGCACUGCGUGUGAUUAGUAAGCAAGUCUCGACAGUGUGUUGAAACAUUGAAUGUAGUGUUAAUAUUAUUUACUAAUUCAAUUGUUUAUUGUUUGUAGAGACAUUUGUUAAAAAAUAUUUUUAG